GUUGCCAUAAUUAUAUGUGCAAAUAUUUUUUUUCUUUUUCAUUUCUGAAUUGAGGUUACAUUAUUGUAAUAUUGUUGUAAAAUUCAAGGUGUUUCAAUGCACCAAAUCAUUCUAGUGUCUGGAAAUUGCAAAGUAGACCUAACCAAGCAACACCAGAGGGCCAUAUCUUUGCAGUAUGAUGACUUAAGGUCUUUAGAAGCGUGAAAAUACACUCUUUUUUCAUAUGGUUGUCUCAGGGGUCAGUGUCUAAUAUUAUUGUACAAUUAUACAAACUGGCCCUCAACAGCUGAGGGAGGAGCUUUGUGAGGAGAUAAAGGGUAUUAGAUAAGGCCAUUACUGUCCCGUGGAUUACAGUAAUCUAGUCUCUCUGCCGUUGGCGCCAGCGUGGUCCCCUGUCCUCACACAAAGGAAGAUGGAGCAGAGCAGGCGGUGCGUUCUGUUGGUGCUUCUCCUGGUGACUGAAGGUCUGAUUCAAGCCCAGUCACAGGAGGAGCAAGAGGUAACUAAGCCCUGGACAGCUAAAGCCUGUAAGUGUGACUGUGAUGGGGAAUCACCGACUGAAUUGAGUGGCAUCACAGCGUAUGGCUCCAGCUUCCCAGGUGACUGUAUGCCAGAGUGUCCCUACCAUAAGCCCAUGGGGUUUGAAGCAGGAUCGGUGUCUCCAGAGCAGAUAAGCUGUCCCAACGAGGACCAGUACAUUGGAUGGUUCUCCUCCUGGACGGCCAGCAAGGCCAGACUGAACAGCCAGGGCUUUGGAUGUGCAUGGCUGUCCAAGUACCAGGACACGAACCAGUGGCUGCAGAUCGAUUUUAAGGAUGUGAAGGUGGUGUCUGGAAUCCUGACUCAAGGACGUUGUGAUGCUGAUGAGUGGAUCACCAAAUACAGCGUCCAGUACCGCACCAACGAGAGCCUCAAUUGGGUCUACUACAAAGACCAGACCGGCAACAACAGGGUAUUCUAUGGGAACUCGGACCGGUCCUCGACGGUGCAAAACCUGCUGCGACCGCCCAUCGUGGCACGCUACAUCCGCCUGCUGCCCCUGGGCUGGCACACACGCAUCGCCAUCCGCAUGGAGCUCCUGAUGUGCAUGAGCAAGUGCACUUGAUCUCAUCACUCCCCACCCCUCCCGCACCCUCACUAUCCCCCAAC